UUUUAACUCGAUAAACUCUAUCACGCACACAAGUGGUGAGAAUUUUGUACAAAUCGCGCUGUCCUGGAAGCAUUUACUUACAACCCAAUCGAUUCUGCUGGAGAGAAUCCGUCCUUAACAAUGAACGUGGUCCAACCAAUCAGCUUUCAGACUACAUUAAAAUAAACAAAUCCCUGCCUAAUAAUUCCAAACUUCGAAGCCAUGCUCCAGCCGAGCCGAGAGACAAAGCCGUGCAGCCGUACUCUCAAACUGUCUCUCUCUCUCUCACGCACAUUUUUUCCUUCCAUUUUUCCGAAAGAUUUUCCUCCAAACAAAUUGUUUCCUUCUUUUCCGCCACUAACAAUCCUUUGAAUCUCCCCCGUCUCUCCUUUCUCUCAAAGGAAGUUGUUUUUCCCCAGCCAAAUACAGGACACACCCCCUGGCUUUGGCCGUGGCUGGUCUUAUUCUCUCCAGUAGUCCAAUGCCGACGCCAAGGCGGCCGUUUUCCUUCCUUCUCCUCCUACUCCGCACUUCCCUCGUCGCCCUCUCCCUCCUCCUCUUCCUCCUCGCCUGCAAUGGCCUCGGCCUCGGUCUCCUCUGCCUCUCCAACGACCCUCCUUUCACUCCUCUGGGUGACCCCAUCCCAAUGACAUCUUCGUUGCUUGUUUUGAGCGAAGAAACGCCAAUCCUCACGCCCAGAUCCCUCCACAGUGCUCACCUUUUGCAUGAGGGCGGCCCUCCUUCCACGCCUCCGCUCGACCCGACACCAAAGAUCGCUUCUUUGCACGCCCUGAGUGAAGAAAUUUCAAUCCCCAAGCCCGAAACUGAUCAAAGGUCUCACCUUUUGCCUGAAAAAAGCCCUCCUUCCACUCCUUCGCGGAACCUGAUCCCAAAGAUCUUUUCUUUGCCCACCCCGAGGGAAGAAACCGGACUCCCCAAGUCCAAAUCCCUCCAAGGUUCCCACUUUUUGCCGGAUUCCAGCGAUGGGCAUCAUCCUCCGCCCCAGUCCAACUUCUCUCUACCUUCCAGGAAGCCGAAGUGGUCGAAAAGGAGUAAGCUUUUUCUCAGGUUGCUUCGGCCCAGUGCUCGGUCAAGUCUGUUCUCUGCAAGAGUUGCCGAGUUCUUUCGUGGCUAUCGCUCCAAUUCCCCAAAUUCUCCUUGUAAGCAUCGUUUCUUCAUGACUUGGAUCUCCUCCUCCGUAGCUUUCGGCCCGAGGGAGUUGUUUGCAGUUGAGAGCUUGUUCAAAUCCCAUCAAGAUGCCUGCUUGCUCAUUGUUUCCAACACUAUGGACUCGGCGAGAGGCGAGAAGUUGUUGAGACGCUUCUCCGAGAGGGCCUUUCGGGUGGUCGCCGUGUCCCCAGACUUUGGCUACCUCUUCAGGAACACGCCUGCCGAGCCUUGGUUCAAUCGGCUCUUGAGAGGGGAAAUCGAUCCCGGAGAAGUCUCCCUUGGCCAGAAUCUCUCCAACUUGCUCCGGCUUGCAAUCUUGUACAAGUAUGGAGGAGUCUACAUUGACACUGAUGUCAUAGUUGUGAGAAGCUUCGGUGGUCUGAGAAAUGCCAUCGGAGCACAGUCUGCCGAUGCCGACACCGGGAACUGGAGCCGGUUGAACAAUGCUGUGAUGGUAUUUGAUGAGAAGCAUCCGCUCGUUUAUGAGUUCAUCGAGGAGUUCACGAGGACCUUCGAUGGGAGCAAGUGGGGUCACAAUGGCCCUUACCUUGUUUCGAGGGUGGUUGCGAGGGUGGCAGGGAGGCCUGGUUUUGAAUUUAGAGUAUUACCACCAGCGGCAUUCUAUCCGGUGGAUUGGAGCAGGAUAAGGGGCCUGUUUCGGGGACCCAGAGAUGGGAGCCAUUUGAAGUGGGUGGGGGCAAAGCACAAAUCGAUUCAUAGAGAGAGCUUUGCUUUGCACCUGUGGAACCGGCAGAGUCGGAGAUUUACGGUUGAGGAGGGGAGCGUCAUUGGAAGAAUAAUGUCAGAUUGCUGUCUGUUUUGCAAUUCUUCAAUGAAUGCAAUUUAAGUAGUAACAAAGAGCCAUUUGGAGGAUACAGUGAUGAUAAGUUGAUCUCUGUUCUCCGUCUCUGAUCACAACAAAGGGUAAUGGAUCCUUUGUAGAAGAUAAACAACUCAAAAACUUUUCAAGAAAGGUGUAUUCUUGAUGAAGAAUAAUGGAGAAAUGAGGUUAGGAUGUUACUACUUGAAAA